GAAAAGAAGGAGAAGGAGAAGAUGUCGUGGCAAACUUACGUUGAUGAGCAUUUGAUGUGUGAUGUUGGCGAUGGUCAAGGACACCACCUUACCGCUGCUGCUAUCGUUGGUCAUGAUGGUAGCGUUUGGGCUCAGAGCUCCAACUUUCCUCAGUUCAAGGGACAGGAGUUCAGUGAUAUAAUGAAAGAUUUCGAUGAACCGGGUCACUUGGCACCAACAGGGUUAUUCCUAGCAGGAGCUAAGUACAUGGUUAUCCAAGGCGAGCCCGGGGCUGUAAUCCGUGGCAAGAAGGGAGCAGGAGGCAUAACGAUAAAGAAAACAGGCCAGUCAUGUGUGUUUGGGAUCUAUGAAGAGCCAGUGACACCAGGACAGUGCAACAUGGUCGUCGAAAGGUUGGGUGAUUACCUCCUCGAACAGGGUCUCUAGAAUCAAUUCUUACAAUGUUCCACCUUCUACAUUUUUUUAUAUAAGGCCAUUGUUUCUCUUAAUUUUUUUUUUUCUUUGAGUGAUUUGCAUCUUUUUCUACUUAAUAUUAUAAGUUUGGGCUAAUGGACCUUCCUGGUUUCUCCUCCUAGCAAAAUUUUAAGAAAGCUGAAGCCUAAAGGCUUACUCUCUUUGCCUUGGUUUCUUAUUUAUAUGCCUGUUUUGGUUGUUUUCUCUUUUGCCUUUUUUGUGUAAAACACUUUCAACAUUUACACAAGCACUUAACACAUGUUAUCAACAA